GGGAAGAUUGCAUUUAAAGGAUUUGAAGAGGAACAAUGCUGGUUUCCUUGAGACGAACUUUGCCGCUAUGCAGUAAUUUGAUUCUACUAAUGAUGCUUCUAUCGAGUGCACGUUGGUUUGUGGCCGGCUCUCCGUAUUCGGUCGCUACGGAUUCGGUGACGGGCAUCAAAGGCGAACACGAUUAUUCUGGCUCGCCCAACGACUUUGAAGAAGYUCAGGAUGMCGAAUGGAUURAAAAGACCUUGGCCWAUCGCAAGUWCCUUACCAAARAGGGUCGAAAGGAGCUGGAARACAAUCGAAUGAUUCGCAUGCUAGAGAAAGAACAGAACGAGCGACAAGGACAGCAGCARCAACAACAAACUCAAAYACACGAACYGACGAGAGGCACMAACAGCAUUCGGGGAGGACAACAGCAGCCACAGCAGCAACAAUCACAACGAGAUUUGCAGCCAGAUUCCUCCGUGCCUGCCCUAAAAGUGCUUGURGUUCUAGUGCAAUGGGCAAACCAUCCCGAUCGAGACAAAGCUGUCUCCGUCGCAGACUACGAAGCCUUGUUCAACGGAAGCGGCCGCGAUCCCGCAUUGUAUCCMGGGGGAACCGUUAAGGACUACUUCGAUACCGUAUCGUACGGAGAGUUUGAUGUAGAAUUUGUGAUUGUCCCCGAGUGGUAUUUGAGCGAGUUUACCGAGCAGGAAUUCACGGCCGACGGAAGCAAGGGACGGACCGAAGAAAUCGAGAAGGCCUUUGACCCCGCUUUGCAAUGGUGGGACGACGACUUGUUCGAUUUUAAACAAUUCGAUAGCGACUUUGACCGCAAGAUCGAUUUCACGGUGUUCGUUCACAGCGGGUACGAUGGAACGGAUGGCGGGACGGAUUGUGAGACGGGCAAGACAUCGAUGGAGCGGGUGGCCUCGCACGCCCGGGUUGCGGCCGGUGCCUCAGAAUUUAUGUCCCGGGACUCAGUGGGGCUCGGUGCAUACAUCGUGAGUGGAGCAAAUGAAUAGCACUCUUUAGUUGUUUUUUUUUGUCUGUUUGAUUGCAUCUUUUUUCGAUCGACUGAGUUGGGAGGAGAAACGAAUGGUUCUACUGAUUUUUGAAAAUCUUCGAUUGAAUUUGAUGUUCGUCCAACUCACCAUUGAUCACACCAUACAUCGUUCCACAUGCCCUCAUGAAAUCUAACGCAACAAAACAAUAAACAUACCACGCAAUGCACCAACAGGUGGUCCCGGGCUUUCGCGGGUUUUGCAACACUGAAAUCAUUGAGAUCGGAACACUUGUUCAUGAGUUUAUUCAUCCAUUUGGAAUUCCAGAGAUGUACGACACGGGUGACCCAUUCCCAACGGGCAAUUUAGGCGGCCUCGAUCGAUUCAGUGUAAUGGCCAACUCGGCCGGAAAUUCCGRCGGGGAUCUGUCUUGGCCAGGGCAUCCCGAUGCCUGGACACGCAGCGAACUCGGAUGGGCGAAUCCCACCGUGAUCGAGUCGGAUGGAACUUACGAACUGCGGCCUGUGGAGGAACACCCGGACAUGUAUAAAAUCACAACGGGGUUCGGGGAGAACGAGUAUUUGUUGCUCGAGAACCGGCAACCCAUCCCCAAUGAUUUCGAUGAGAAGUUCUUUUCUCCCGGUGGAAUUGCUAUCUAUCAUGUGGACGAGAACAUCUGGGACGUAUUUCCAGGUAGAAUCCGAGGAAACGAUCCUCGCGGUGGACCUUUUCUAGAAGGUUGGCCUGGCAAUGGGAGGCACUAUGCUGUUGCCCUUUUGCAAGCUGAUGGUUUGUACGAAUUGGAGCAGGGAAUCAAUGGUGGAGAAAGCACAGAUCUGUGGAACGAAGCAACCCAGGUGCUAGGUCCUGGGAAUGGAGAAAAGGUCGCUUCCACCGCCAAUUAUCCAAACACCGAUUCUUAUCAGAACGGUGUAAUCACCCCCACUGGAAUUACCCUAAGCAAUUUCCAGACCAAAGAAGGAACAAACAUCAUGACGUUUGAUGUUUGUGGYUUCGACAGCACUGAUUGCCCGAAAGUUGGGGAUACCCCUCCGGAAGCAUCAGUGGAUACCGAUCCACCGCUGCUACCCCCGGCGACAGACGAACCAUUGGUGACGGAACCCCCUACUGUUUCACCCACAAAGGCUACCACCGAAGUUCCUAUAACGGAAACUCCCACCCAGAUACCGACUGGUACCCCGCUUACGGAAAGUCCAUCACAGACUCCAACCAAUCUUUUGACAGAGGCUCCAACUGAUAUCCCCACGCAGCUUCCAACGAAGACACCGACAGAGGCUCCAACGCAGGCUGCGACGCAGGCUGCGACGCAGGCUCCGACUCAGGCUCCAACGCAGGCUCCGAUGCAGGCUCCCACUCAAAAUCCAACCGACACGCCUACCAUUGCAUUGUCAUCGCAGCCCACUCAAAUCGAACCCCUAUCGAAUAUGAUUCCUGUAGUCGAGCGAAACUCAUUCUGCAAUGGAGCUGUGCCAGUUACAGAUGCUGAAUCUUUCAUUCAAGGAUCUACCCAAAAUGCGAUUUAUACGWCGCCGAUUGACACUUGUGGUGUAGAUAUUGCCAAUCCAGGUUUGUGGUACACGUACAAUGGGACAGGAUAUCCUUUUGAAAUAAGCUUAUGUAGCUCAGACARUGCGAAUGCAUUUGACGCCUCCAUGUCCUUAUUUUCAGGAGACUCUUGUGAUGAGCUAAGGUGUAUCUCUGGUGCUACCUUCCGUGACCAAGUCUGUGCGAGUGUGGAUGGCCGAAGAAAUAGAAAUCGGUUUUUACAAGAAUUCAAYGAAAGUCUUGGUACAGCUGCUGCAAACUCCAGUAUUAUUGACAGCGWAGAGGGUACGACAUAUUAUCUGUUAGUCCACGGAUUAGAUCCCUCUAACGGUACMAGUGUUGGGGAUUUUGAAUUAAGUAUCCGAUCACAAGCACCUCCUCCUACUCGUGCACCAACAACAUUUCAUAAACCUUCCAAGAAAUCCUGGAACAACCUUUACUACUUAUUUCUUCUCCUCMUCAUCAUAAUACCUUGUGUGGYAUAUGGAUACUAUUUGAAUUAUAUCAAAGACGAAGAUCCAUUUGACUUGGGAAAGCCUACGACCGAUCUCGAUAUGGAACAGCCAUCUGUAGACGAUGAGGAAUUUGAGUCAGCCUACACAGACAAGGUAAGUGCCCAAAUAUUACGCUUAGUUGAUAACUGAUCCUCUGCGCACUAGUCCACUCAUGCUUUUGCAACUCUACGUUGAAUCGAUUGAAAAUGUCGUUCUCGAUAUUGCAGAACGAACAAUCACCAAGGACGUYAGAUGAAACCGAAGAUGUAAGUGAYCAAAACUUCUCAAACAUUGAUGAUAUUCUUCUCUGCCCAAUCAUCUCGUGGUUUCGUACGACUGAGAUGAUGCCCUCAGAACGUCAUAUCGACAUGCGUCUCUCUGACUACUCUUCUCAUUUCGUUGCUACAACUUUAGAAAUCAAUGCAAAACGAAGAAUCCACAGUGACAGGAGAUAAAA